AAACUUCCCCUUUGCGAGCGCCCAGGUUUUGCUGUCAAAUUCCGGGAGUGCGGAAGUGACUCCGUAGUGCUACCUCUACCCGCUCAGAAGUCCACUCCUUUUCUACGCUAAAAGCUAGGCCUCUGACCGCUAUGGAUGGGCAGCAAGCGCAACCAAGCCACGCAUCACUGGCACUCGCCCAAGCUCACUUCAACAAGGGCGAAUACGCGGAAGCGGAGACGCUGUACUCCGCUUACAUCAGCCAGUGCGCCUGUGCAGCCUCCGUGGGCGCUGCGGCCGGGAGCAAAUGCAGCCUCAAGGAUUUGGCUACUGCAUAUAACAACAGGGGGCAAAUCAAGUACUUCAGGGUUGAUUUUUACGAAGCCAUGGACGACUACACAUCUGCCAUCCACGUCCAGCCCACUUUCGAAGUUCCGUAUUACAACAGAGGGUUGAUAUUGUAUAGGCUGGGAUACUUUGACGAUGCUUUGGAAGAUUUCAAGAAGGUAUUAGACUUAAAUCCUGGAUUUCAAGAUGCUACUUUGAGCUUAAAACAGACUAUUCUAGACAAAGAAGAAAAACAAAGAAGAAUUAAAGAAAAAAAUUAUUGAAAGGUUUAGCAUAAUUGAAAUAUUAACUCAUGAUUCUUAUACCUGACAUCUCAUUGCUUGUAAUGUCAAGUUAGGUGUUGAGCUAUUUUGAUUCAUAUUUAAGAUAGGGAUUCAUGUAUUAUCUCUGGAAGUUAAACAAUGUAUUUGGAGUAGUUAAUUUCAGAUUGAGUAACUGUGUUGAAUAAGUAUGCUUUUUAUAAAGUGUAAAUAAAUAAUAUCAAGGUAUAGUGUGUUAUGACAGUAAAAUAUUUAAA